CUGAUACACCGACGUCACUGCCGGCGCCGCCGUCGCGGUUCGAACGUCCGCACCUGAAUUCGCCCGCGGGCAAAUCCGCCGCGCGCAAGACGGAGGUUUUUUUUUUCCUGAAUUACGGGACGCGCGUUCACGAUGCGCGACGGAAGCGCGCAUCCGCCGUCGGGCAGCCGCUAUAUCCGUGUGACUCAGAGCAUCCCGACUUCACUCACCCCGGAGAUCAGCACGGCCGCGCCGGAUCUGAUGGGAACCGAUAUUAAAAAAAAAAAAAAAAACUCCCGCGGGAUCGAUAAGCUGAGAAGUUCCCCUCUCAUUUGAUGUCGUCUGGGCCCUCGAGGACAAAAACUCACAUCUGGAAGUUUCCCUUUCCAGGAUGUAAUCGCCCCCCCUUUCUACAUUUUUGCGCACACGUAUGCGCCAAAAAAACUCCAAAAACGCACAAGGGUCUCGUAUCUGUCUCCAAACGGAUUACAAGGAUCCAGAGACAGAAUGACAAGUGUCUCCGGAUGUGUCCGCUCUGAAGGACUGUUUUGCGUAUUUCCACCCGUCGUCACCUGCUCUCGCGCUGCCGGCAAGGGUGUAGGCGGACGUCGACUUGACCUCAAUUAGUUUGGAGCGCUUCUGCGUGCACGCAAAAGGGGUUUGCGCCGCCGGAAAUUAACAAGAAAACAAAACUAGAAAAAAGUUUCUUUAAACGUUUCGGGUUCACUCGCCACUAAGCAUCGUGGAGGUGACGGCUCCUCCCGAGGGAUGGUACGGUGUCCCCCCGGACUUGGGAGCGACACCGCGGCUCCUGCGUUGGACCUUUGCUCCGUGCCGGUGCCAAGAGGACCUGAGGGGAGAUGAGAGCCGCGUUUUACCACCUUCUCGCCGGCUGUCUGUGCCUGUUACGCAUCGCUGCUGAGGAGUCUCCUCUCCCACGGGAGCUGCUGGAGCGGCUUUCCCGCAACGAGAUCCGCAGCAUCAGCGACCUCCAGCGGCUGCUAGAAAUAGACUCCGUAGAGAAUGAGGUGAUUGAGGAGACCAAACACAGUUACCACAAGGACUUCUCUCACACUUCCCCAGACCUGAAGAAGGCUCACACACACACCAGACACAGGAGGAGCACUGUGGUGGAGGAAGCCUUGCCGGCGGUGUGUAAGGUGCGGACGGUGAUCUACGAGAUUCCCCGGAGCGAGGUGGACUCCACUUCGGCCAACUUCAUCAUCUGGCCCCCCUGCGUGGAGGUCAAACGCUGCACUGGCUGCUGCAACACCAGCAACAUGUGCUGCCACCCGGCGCUGAAGCGCCACCGCACGGUCAAGGUGGCUAAGGUGGAGUACGUGCGCCGGCGUCCCAAGCUGAGGGAGGUGGAGGUUACGCUGGAGGAGCACCUGGAGUGCGUGUGCACCAACAAACGCCACAUCAGUCAAUACCCAGACACAGGCAAUGGUAUCAGGUAAGGGGACGCGGAGCAAAUGGAGGGAAGGAAGAGAAGAGAACGGAGGGGAGAGAGAAUGAUAAAGGACAACGAGGGGUAGCGAACACGCCGCGUGCUGCUGCUGCCGCCAUGUUUGCCGUGGAGCGUCACCUGACCAUUUUCAACUGAACUCUUGUUGCGCGACGGGAGCGCCGCCGCUGCGGCGCGGGAGCUCCGGCGCGGCCGGGGGGCGUCGCUCUGCAGAUGACGUAGCCCCUCCGGAGCGGCGCCGUCCCUCGUGUCACCGCAGCAACCUCUGAUUAUCUUUAGCUGGCAUGGAAGAGUGUGUGUCUGACUCGUGUACACCGAUGUUCGCUUCUUCUUUGUGUGUGUGUGUGUGUGUGUGUGUGUGUGUGCAAAAUAAAGUUUCCAAGGACACUUAAGAGCGAGGAGAGAACUAUCGGAGAAGGAGAGGAGGCGCGGAGAGGCGGCCAUUUUGUUUUGCUUGAGUCCUCAGAGAGCCUUGUCUCCGGCUGUUGGACGGGUUCUGAGAAAGGCCCCGUGCUGGCAGAGGUGAGGCGGACGGGAGCGUAACGGCGGGCGGCACCGUCGGUGUCUUUCUUCUUCUGUGUUUUCCAGAGUACAAACCGCGGAGCGUUGGGGAUUAGAAACCAGUUGGGAUUCCUCCAGAGGACAAUGAAUGGGAUUAGGUUUUGUAUUUCAAGAUUUACUGUCGGAACAGAAACACAACCACACACACACACACACGUAUUAUAUACUCUUAUUUUUGUAGCCUCUCAUUUAUCUAUCAAUGUCAAUUUCUAUUUCUGAUACGUUAUCCACAUAACAGAUGGACAGAAAUCCUCUGUGCAUGUUACUGAAACUAAUAAACUAUUUAUAUUUA